AUGCCUUUAGCGGCAUCCCGAUCAAAUGGAGGAGGAUCUACCAUAACGUGUCAGACAUGUGACCACACGGUUAAGUGUCAGCCUGGAUCAAGCCGAACUAUAUGCCCCAACUGUGGGAAUUUCUACAACAGGGAUGAGGCUGGCAGGCCACCCCGUGCCCGUGGUCAGCGGAGAAGAGGUCGAGACGAACCGCCACUCCCCGAUCUUGAUAAGGAUAAAAAUAAGCAGCAUGGACGAUUAAAUUCUAUUGCAAACUUUUUCCAAAAUCUGGGUCCAAGUCGGAAGGGUAAACAUCAAAGAGAUCUGUCGCCUGCUGAUAGUCAAAGUUCUUCGUCCAGCCUGUUGGAAAAUACUUCGGGAAGCAAGACAGAGUUACCUCCCAUUGACAGUCAAGGUCACUUGACCACCACAUCUUCUAGUCGGCCAGUGUCCUACCAGUCUGAUAAAAGUGGUAGUUCGGCUAUACUGAGCCCUGGACGUUCACAUCGUGCUCCAUCUAGUUCCUCUACAAUAACACUAACUAGUAGCAUCCACAACACCAGUAAGAGUCGACUUAGCCCUAACCCUGUUCAGAGCAAGAUCGCAUACCCUGUUCGAACAAAGACAAUUGAACAGAUAAGAGAGGAUAUCAAGUAUGCUAAAGAAACUGGAAAUUGGAAAGUGGUCCUGGAAUUUUAUUCAACAACAUUUGAUUCCUUUGUGGAAAUUAAUGCUGUAUUCAAGCGAGAUCCAAAUAAGGAAUACAAGACACUUGAAGAGUCUGGCCUAAAGUUAGAAUUGAUCAACUUUGUCUAUGACCUUUUGCCAAAUCUGCCUCAGGAUAUCCAAAAAUGUGUGCUAAAAUCCAUUAUCAACAGCUUGCUGAAGGACAAAAAGCCUCACACUAAAGAUGACCUGAGAGCAUACCUUAUCCUCUUACAGAAUCCUCAGUUUGAGAAUUUAUCCACCUAUGUGAUAUUUGCCCACCUACUUCGACAGAUAGCUGCACUGAACGAUCAUGACCACCAUUUUCUUGUACAUUGGAUGAGGAGGUUGAAAUUAGGAACAUUUUCACGAAUCCUGCGACGCUUACACAGUUUCAUUGUACAGCGGUUGUUCCCCACUAAGCCGCAGGAUUUACCUCCCCUGGCUAAGUGUACCUGGUGGAUCCCAAGUGCGACUAAAGUCAUGGCAUUAUUAAAUGCUGCCAACAAUUUGUCUAGUCCCCUGUUAGUGCCAAUAGCUGAUUUUUACAAUAGUAGCCUCGACUUUUUGGACCUCAUGGCUGAGUACUAUACGUGGCAGAAUCCUAGUCAUUGUUCAGGGUUUUCGUUCUGUCAGUAUCCAUUUAUCCUAAGUAUAUCAGCCAAAAGAUCUAUAUUGCAGAAAGACUCAGAGCAACAAAUGAUAAUCAUGGCAAGGAGAAGCUUGGUUGCUAAGGUACAAAGAAGACAACUACCAGAUGUAGGCAUGCUGUUUCUGAAUCUCAAUGUGAGGAGAUCUCAUAUAGUGUCUGAUUCUCUGAAUGAGAUUGCGAGGAAACAGCAUGACUUGAAGAAGAAAUUGAAAGUGACCUUUGUUGGGGAAGCAGGUCUAGACAUGGGAGGUUUGACCAAGGAGUGGUUUCUUCUGUUAAUACGACAGAUCUUUCAAUCAGAUUAUGGCAUGUUCACAUAUGAUAAAAAAGCUGGGGUUCACUGGUUUAGUUCGGCACCAUGUGAGAGUUACCAGGAGUUCAACCUCAUGGGAGUGCUGAUGGGUCUAGCAGUGUACAAUAGUAUAAACUUGGAUAUACGAUUUCCUUCCUGCUGCUACAAAAAGCUGCUCAGUCCAGCAGUUGUGCCAUACAACAAUCCCAACGCUGUUGUAGGAGUCACUCAAGUAACCAUGGAAGACUUCAAACUAGUACAACCAGUUGUGGCUGCAGGUUUAGAGGAUCUGCUGAAUUACGAGGGAGAUGUAGAGGAGGAUUUCUGUAUGACAUUUCAGAUUUCUCUCACAGAGUUUGGUGAUUUACGAACCGUUGAUCUCAAAACUGGUGGUGCUAACAUUCCUGUAACCAAUAGCAAUAGAAAAGAAUAUGUACAGCUGUAUAUAGACUGGAUUAUCAACAAGGCCAUUUAUUCUCAAUUCAAAGCUUUCUACCAUGGUUUUCAUAGUGUCUGUGCUUCAAAUGCUCUCAUUAUGCUAAGGCCACAGGAAGUUGAGAUGUUGGUGUGUGGCAAUCCUCAAAUAGACAUGAACCAGCUACGAAAAGUGGCAACAUACGAUGGUUACACAGCACAGGACUCGACCAUCAGAUAUUUCUGGGACACUGUCUUAUCCAUGACUUUUGACAUGCAGAAGAAACUACUCUUGUUCACAACAGGAAGUGAUCGCAUCCCCAUUGGAGGCAUGGCUGAAAUGACCUUCAAAAUUUCUCGCAUUGAAGGAACAGAUCUCCUCCCAAUGUCUCAUACCUGUUUCAAUCAGCUUGUUCUGCCAGCCUACCGAAGUCGUAAGGUCCUCAAGACAAAGCUUGUAACAGCCAUCCACAAUGCAGAGGGGUUCGGCCUGGAAUGA